AUGUGGAUAGAAAAAGAUACAAAAGAAAAUCAUACAUGUGGUGGUGCUUUAAGUAAACAAGUAAAUAAUGAAAUUGAAACACUAAAAAAGAGUAAUAAUUUUUUAUAUAAUAAUGGAAAUAUUUUUUCAGAAAUGAAAAAUAAAAAUUGCAAGGAAAACUUAAGUAAAUAUAAUAAGGAUGAAUGCACAAGAUAUUUAAUGAAAAGAAGUGAAAUGAAGACCAGUUAUAUUAAUACAACAGAUAAAAUUAAAAAAGAUUUAUCAAACAAUUAUCCGAAUAAGUCUUUUCAUUUCAAUAAUACAAAUACAUAUAACAAAACGAAAUUAUCAAAUGAAAAUUAUGAAAAUAUAAUAAAAGAAAAAAGUUACUGUAAUAGAAACAUGACAACUUUUAAUAUGUUAAAAGCAUACAACAAUAAAGAAGAAGAAAAUGAUUUUUUUGGCACAUUAAAUAAUAUGAAUGUAAAAAAAAGAAAAGGGUUAGACUUUUUAGAUAAUGCAAAUAAUGAACUAACAGAAAAAUCAUCAUACCUUAAAGACAUUAAAAAUAAAAAUGAGCAUAAUUUAAAUGGGAAUCAUUUUAGAAACAGUAAUAUAUCGGAAAUAUUAGAAACGAGAAACAACAAAAAACAAAAAAAGGAAAAUGGAGAAAUUCUUAAAAAUUAUAAAAAUACCCAAUAUUUAAAUAGUUCUAUGUAUAAUGAUAGCAUAAUAAAUAAUAAGACAGUAUUAAAUUAUGAUUAUGCUGACAUUAAAAAAAAUGAUAUUGAAAAUGAAGAGUACAAUGAUUUAAUAUCGAGAAAUAAAAAGAUUAUACCUAAAGAUGAAAGUAUAUAUAGCAAUUAUCAUAAAAAUCAAAAGGAAAUAAACAAUGAAUCAUUAUAUAAAAGAAGUGAAAAUGGAUCAUUAAAUGGUAUUAAUAAUAACAAUGAUCUUUUAAAACUGAAGUAUCUUAUUCAAAAAGAUAUUCCAACGAUUAUAAAAAAUACAAUUGACAGUCAUUUAUCUACAAAUAUCGAUACUAAAGUUCAACAUGCUAUUGAAAAAAACAUUAUGAAUUUUGUUGAAAAUAAAUUAUAUCAUAUUAUAGAGAAAAAUGUUAAUGAUUUAAAUAGCAAUUAUAUUUAUGAUAAAAUAAAUGAAAGUAUUAAUAAUGAAAUAAAAAAAAAUAUAGACAUAGUUUAUAGUAGUGUAAAGGACAAUGUUCAUAAAAAUAUAAAUGAAGAAAUAACAAAAAAUGUUGAUUUUUUAAGUAAUAGUGUGAAUGAAAAUAUAAAUAAGGAAAUAGAAAACAAUAUAGACAAAAUUUAUAUAAAAGUAAAUGAAAACGUAGAUAGUAAAUUAAACACUCAGUUAAUAGAAAAUAUUAAUAAUAUUCAAGAUAAUUUACUUAAAAAUAUAAAUGAAGAAUUAAAAAGAAAAAUAGACAUAGUUCGUAAUAAUAUAAAUAGUAAGGUAAAUGAGAACAUAAAUAAGGAAGUUGUUAAAAAUGUUGAUUUUUUGAAUAAUAAAAUAAACGAAAAUAUAAAUAAAGAAUUAAAAAAAAAUAUUGAUAUUCUAAAUAGAAAUAUAGAUGAAAAUUUAAAUGAUCAAAUUGAAAAAAAUAUUAAAAUAAUAUACAAAAACGUUAAUGAAAACUUAAAUGAAGAACUAAAAAGUAGCAUUAGUACAAUAGAAAAAAAUAUUGAUAUAAUACACAAGAAUACUGAUGGAAGUUUAAAUGAGCAAAUAGAAAACAAACUUAAAAAAAUAUACGAAAAUAUAAAUCUCAACUCGAAUAAUGAAAUAAAAAAAGUGCUGGACGAAACAAAAGAUAGUAUAAAAAAAAACCUUUGCAAUGAAAUAAAAAAUGAUAUUGAUUCAAUUAAGAAAGUUCUUAAUGAAAAUUUAAAAGAAGAGUUAAAAAGCAAAAUAGAUACAGUACACGAAAAUAUUAGUAAAACAAUUAAAGAAGAAUUAAAAAAUAGUAUGCAUGACUUAAGUAAAAAUUUUGAUACCAGUUUAAAUGAGAAAAUUGAAAAAAAAGUUGAUACAAGAAAUCAAGACAUUCAAGGAAAAUUAAAAGAAGAAAUAAUAGAAACAAUUAAUAUAAAUUACAAACACAUUAACUUAAAUUUGAAUGAAAAAAUAGAAAAAAAUAUUAAUAAGUUGCAUGAAAAUAUAAAAUUAAAUUUAAAUAAAGAAAUAGAAAAAAAUGAUAUUAAAAAUGAAAUGCUUAUAAAGAAUUCUAAUGAAAAUUUAAGCAUAUUAAUAAAAAACAAUUUUACAAAUAAUCUACAAAAAGAGAUGAAAUUGAUGAAAAAUUUUAAAAUAGGUAGCAAAGAUUUAAGUGAUAUUAUAGUCAAUAAAUUUUCAACAUUUCAAAAAAAAGUGAAUGAUGUUCUUGAAAGUAAUACUAGUACAUUAAUAAAUAUAAAUGAAUUAAUUGUAAAAAAUUUGAGUGAUUAUAUUUUAAGAAUAAAUAACGUAGUGACUAAAAUUGAUGAAAAUACUGAAAAAAAAAUUUCAGAUAAAAUAAAUGAAAAUAUGAAUAAGAUAAUGGAUAAUAUAAGUAACAAAAAUAAUGAAAAUGUAAAUAAGAUAAUUGAUGGUUUAAAUAAUAAAAACUACCAAAAUAUAAAAAAAAUAAUUGAUGAUAUAAAUAAGAAAAAUAAUGAAAAUAUAAAUAAAACAGCUAAUGACUUAUUAGACAGAAAUAAUGAAAAUAUAACUAAUAUGAUACUGGAAAAAAUUGUAAAAGAAAAACUCUGUUUUAAAAUGGAUGAAAAAGACAUGUUUUCUAUUUUACAUGAAGAAAUGAUAAUAAAGUUCUCUCAUAUGUAUACUGACAUGAAGAAUUUAAUAAAUGAUAGAGAUGAAAAAAUAAAAGAUUAUUUAAGAAAUAUUAAAGACAAAAUAAAUGAUAUUAAUGGAAACAUAGGGCAUAUUAAUAAUCAUGAAGCAAUAAAAAAUAUUAAUGAUAUAAAAAAGGUAAUAUUACAACUUGAAAAAAAUCAAGAAAAUAUAAAAAAUUAUAAAUUAAAUAAGAAAAAUAAUCAUUUAAUUGAUAAAAAUAUAGAUAUAAAGAAAUCAGAAAAAGAAUUACACCAAUUUUUUAAUAUAGGUAAAGAUUUAAAUUCAUUAAAUUAUUCCAAUAAAAAAAUAAGUGUAGAAAAUAAAAAUAUCAAGAAGAGAAAACCUAUAUAUGUAGUCAAUUACAUAAAAAAUGAGAAUAAUGAAUUGAUAGAAGUGUCAGAAUAUUUAAAAAAGAAAACAAAGAAAAAAGUAUACUUUUAA